AGUGGGGUUGUAACAGUGAGAAAUAAGGGGUCCGGGGUCCCAACUAGAAUUUAUUAUUUCAACUUCUCUUCUCUCACACAUCCAUUUUGUUUUUCUUUUUAAUUCAAACUUUUACAUCUUGUUCUAAAUUCUCAUGGCAAGUUUAGACAUCAUGUACAACUCUUCCAAACAAAAGCCUCAUCAUAAUCAUAAUCAUAACAAUAACAAUAACAAUAACAACAAUAAUCAUAAUCAUCAUUGUGCUCCAAUGAGUCCAAGAAUCUCAUUCUCAAAUGAUUUUGUAGAUCUUCAACAAGUCAUCAAACAAGAAAGAGCUUCAAAAUCAUCAGACACACCAACAACUGUGUCUUCAGAUUUUGAAUUUUCUGUCACAAAUUACUCAAUGAUGAGUGCUGAUGAACUUUUCUCUAAGGGAAGAUUGUUGCCUUACAAAGAUAAUUGCAACAAUAAAAGAGUUACUACUACUCUUAAACAAGAACUUCUUCAUAAUGAUGAUGAAUGUGAUAGCUUUUCUUUAAGGCCUCCUAAGGGUAGGUGGAAGGGUCUUUUGGGUCUUAGAAAAUCUCACAUUGGCUCUAAAAAAGUUGACAAGAGUGAACCUUCUGAUCUUAGAAGGCCUAAUGAAGGACCUCAAUUUAAUUUCAAUUCUCAGGAGCUGGUGAAUGAAGGAAGUUCAAGUUAUUAAGAUUUGGAAAUUGGGAUAUAAGAUAUGGUUGAAGGAAGUGUUGAAUUUUUAGAGGAAAGGACCAAUUAUUUUUUUCUCUUUUGUUUUUGUUUUUCUUGUCUUGUUGACAAGGUGGAGGAAAAAGGAAGUUCAUUUUCUCUUUUUUUUUUUUAAAUUUUAUUUUUAUUUUUAUGAUUGGGUUGUUCUUUCUGUCAAUUUGGAUUCUUGUUUUGUUCUCAUGUAAUUUCUCUUAGAUCCCAUAGGAAUUAGGAUCUGGGUAUUUUGGUUGUACAAAUUAUUUGCUUCUAGUGAUUUAAGUAUUUGACAACUUUUUGAUGCCAAAAGAAAAAUCUCCUUUAUGGUUA